UAAGGAAAGAGUAUAAAGCCGUUAACAAGAAAUUUGUUUUUGACAGUGCAAUUAAAAACGAUGAUGAUUGAGUCACUACUUGCUUCUUCUCUUUCUGCUUCUACGUACCUCUUUCUACUAUGCUCCUCUGUUUUUCUCUCUCUCCAUCAUUUCUCACCAAUUCCAAUCCCAAUUCUUCAAAAUCCUUUCUUUUACUGUUCCACUCCUUAGGAUCCGCCAUGAAUGUUUAUUAGCCUCUUAACUUUUUCGCUCUCUUUUUUUAUUUACCUGUCGUGCUCCUCUUUGUAUAAUCAUGACCCCCCAGUUUCUUCACCUUUUUACCCCACCCACCCCCUCCUCCCCUGUUUCUUCUUACUCUACUCUUUUGUACAGCUGAUCCAACCCCCCCCCCCCCCCCUCCCCCAAAAAAAACCCCACCUUGACCCCCCUUCUACCUUUUGACCUACGCCUCUUUUUUUCCAUCCUCAGUUCUAGGGUUUCCUUUUUUCUUCUUGAUCCUUUCUCUUCUCUUCCGCCAGCUCUCUCCUCAAACACCCUUUUCUUGUUUUGUAUAUACCUAUAGUUUUUCACCAUCUUUUCUGCCUUUUUUUAGGGGUUUUGCUGGGGUUUUCUGUUUAUAAAAAGGUGGGGUUUUUAAUGGAUCAACUUUAGUAUAACGUGAAUAGCUUCUUUUUGUGGUCUUAAGUAAUAUUCCCUUAGUUCUCCUGUAUCUUCUUUUCUUCAUGGCGUAUCAACAGCAGCCACCAGUUCAGGGUUCAGGUUCAACUAGUAGUGGGGUUCCAUUCUUUAAUUCUCCUUUUGGGGACACCACUUUCACUAAGGUCUUUGUUGGUGGCCUUGCUUGGGAAACUCAAAGUGAAACCCUCAGAAGAUACUUUGAACAGUUUGGUGAAAUCCUCGAAGCUGUUGUCAUCACUGAUAAAAAUACUGGCCGAUCCAAAGGCUAUGGCUUUGUGACUUUUCGGGACCCUGAAUCCACGAGGAGGGCUUGUGCUGAUCCUGCUCCAGUUAUCGAUGGGAGGCGGGCAAAUUGUAAUUUGGCUUCGUUAGGACGACCUCGGCCUACUGUGGCAUUUGGACGUCUGAGGUCAUCAACUCCAUUUCCAGCAGGUCUACCAGCUGCUCGAGGUGGUUACGGCGGAAGCUUUGGCUACCAGCAACCGGUUUCUUAUGGAUACCAACAAGGCUUGAUGUAUUCUCCCUAUGGGUAUGCGACAUAUGGUGCGGAUUACGUUUACCCUCAGGGUGUUUACAAUCCUUAUGGAGGACAACAAUACCUUCCUAUAUAUGGUGUACCUGGAACUGUUAACGCAACAAUGUAUCCUUACGGCCAGCUAAGUCAGGCUGUUCCUGGAAGUCACAGUUAUACAACAUUGCAGGGUUAUGCAGUGCCAGGUCAUCAGAUUCUUCAGUUUGGUGGGCCCAGUGUCAAUGCAAUGACAGCUUCAUCCAUUCCAACUAUUCAAGCACCAUACCAAGCAGGUGUUGGAGCACCUGUUACACCACAGCCACAGUUUAUACUACCUACUCAUUCUCCUCAAUUUAUGCAAGGUAGCGGUUCUGACCAAAAUGCAGGGUGAGAUUUUAUCAAGGUACUAGAUUGCAGCAGGACUAACAGCAGCAGUAUUGCUACUUGAGAGGCGGGCUUUUAAUCUAGCCUUGCAAAUUGUUCACUUUGCAUUCUAGAGGUUAUAAAAAAGGUCAUACUCACCAUGAGAGCUCAAUGUCUGAGUCGCUCCUGAUGAUUGAGUGAGGAAACAUGGAAGUUGCGGAUUGCAACUCCUUCAACAUCAUCAUGUAUCUAGGCCCUUGCAUUCUGCUGGUGUCGGGAUAACUGGCAGACAGUAGGUGUCAUGCAUUGGAGGGAUACUGGAAUAGGUUUCUGGCUCCCUCCCCGUAGCAAUAAACUCUAUAAAAAAUUCAUAUCAGAAUCAACCUAUGAUUCUUUUAUAGUCCCAGAAUAUGCUUUUGGGUGUGUAGAUAGUCACUGUCUUGCGUGCUGCGUUUAAAAGUAUUCUCAAGUCUUGUGCAUAAAAGACUCAAUCUUUAGUCUUAAAUUUCACAUUCAUUUUGUAAUUUGGAUGUUCUAUUUAUGAUUCUUGAAGCAAGAAGCUUCAGGUCCAUAAGUUAUUAUCACCGAGGUUGGUGACAUGACCAUAAUUUGGAACAUUUUUGGUGCAAAGCAAUCUUGCAUCCUUGAUUUGUCUUCAUCCUGUUUGGUACAAGAAGAAGAAGAAGAAACUCGGGGCAGACUUCGCAACUGAAUACAGGACUGCAAUUAAUCCUCUGAAGUUUAUAUUUCUCUUUUCCCACUUCUGUCAAAUAUUAUAUGGAUUAACAUUUGAAGAGAAAAAGCUGAUUGAAUUUCGUUUUAUGUUUUAGAAGUUGAUCGUUGUUACUCAAUCUAUGUAAAGUACAUUUGUUCGUAAAUAACGAAUGAAUCGUGUAAAAUCAAAGUU